AUGGAGUCAUUUCAAAAUCCUUAUGGGUCCACACUCAACCGCAGCCAAUCGCUGAUGAGUGGCCUGGAGAAGACCCCUCCCACGUGGAACAAACCCACCCACUCUCGGAGCAGUAGCACCGCCUCCUCCCGUCACUCUCGGGUGAGUACGGUAUGUCUCUUCCACCAAGAGAGAGUCACAAUUUUACAUUUUAGUCAUUUAGCAGACGCUCUUAUCCAGAGCGUCUUACAGUUAGUGAGUGUAUACAUUUUUCAUACUGGCCUCCCGUGGGAAUCGAACCCACAACCCUGGCAUCGCAAACACCAUGCUCUACCAACUGAGGUACACUGGACCUCUGACAAAGAAUCAACAUCAACAUAUUCAGUUAACAAUAAACACAUCCACAUUCUGUUCUGUACAGCAUGCAGGUGAGAUUGUUUAAAUAUCAAAUAUCCGAACAAAACAUCAAACUGCAUGUUAACAUCCCACAAAUAACAGUGAUGUCUCUAGAUGGAUGUUGAUGUGUUUGUGAUGGUGUUGUCUCACCCUCAGAACAUUAAAGACUGGGAGGUGAUGGACGACCUUCAGGUGGAAAUGACGUCAGGUGACAACUCCCAGGACCUGACCAUCCCAGGCAUCUGUGAAGGAUACCUCCUCAAGAGGAGAAAAUGGCCCCUGAAAGGCUGGCACAAGGUCAGCAAACUGCCUAUUCAUCCAAUCCACCACUGUGUUGUUUACUAUUUUGGAAAUUAGUGUGUUUUUUUAGUUCACUAUCUUGGUCUUAAUUCAUGUGUUUUUGAUCCUACUUUCAGAGGUACUUUGUGUUGGAAACGGGGAUCUUACGAUAUUCCAAAACCCAACAAGAUGUAAGUGUACAUUCCCUAUAUUAUGUAUUUUAGUUAAAUUAUGAAAAACUCACCAUUUAAUAAUUUAAUGGAAAGCACUUCUUUUUUUUAUUUUAAAGAUCACAAGGGGAAAGCUUCAUGGUUCAUUAGAUGUCAGCCUUGCAGUCAUGUCAAUCAACAAGAAAUCCAAUCGUAUCGAUUUGGAUGCAGGAGACAUUCUAUAUCAUAUGAAGGUAUGCCCAGCUCCUUUCACUUACUUUAGCUUGUUGACCAACUUCACUACAUAAAUUAUAAAUAAAUACAUUAGUAAACAAAGUUGAGUGUUGUCCAAGGCUGAAUUGGAGAACAGUUGAGUUGGAAUAUCUUUUUGGGAUUAGUUUUAGAGUCCUGUAGUAAUACAAAUGAACUUGGCGCCACUCUUCCUGUUCUUUCCUCUCCUAGGCCAAUAGUCAUGACUUGUUCUACAUCUGGGUGACAAAGCUGAGUGCCCAUCGCAUGUUCAAGAAGAACGAGGCUGCUCAAGUGCACAAUGGCUUCUUCCAGGCCAUGUCCCAGGGCACCAGUGUGCCUGGACUAGCACAGAGGAACGGCAUGCAGGACAUGGUGAGUCCUCUCUCUGUUCGUGGUUUGUAGUGACUCGUCAUUGUCUCUGUCUUUCUCACGCUCUCGUCUGUAUACCAGUCUUCCUACCAACACUACCAUAGCACUACAGACUCUUAUGUGGGUGAGAGCGCUGCACCAACACCGUCCGAGUUUCCCUCGGUCAACCCGGGGGUGAAUGGGAAGGUGUCAGCCUGGUUACAACAGACUCAUGACCCAGAGAGCUGUGCCCAAGGUACUGCACUCGUAUCUCGUAUACAAAGUAAACCCAAUAUGUUUUAGGGCUUUUAAAAAAUGUUGUGCACUCUCGUAAAUAGUGUCUGUAGCUUCUAAUUGUCAUGAAUGGUGCUUCAUGGAUGACCAUGGUUGAGAUCUACGAAUGUUUCGGUCUAGGUCAGUAGAACUGUUCUGGGACCUGCCAUAACAGUCUGUGUUUUUCUUGCAGAGCUGAACCGUUGUCAGUUGGAACUGUCUGAGCUGAACCGGCUGGUCCAGAGGCUGCAGUCGCUGGAGGGGGGGCAGCAGGCCUUCACCGACGGCGAACUGCAGCGCAUCAUCAGCAUGCAGGUGAGAUGGAGCAAAUACGUCCCAGCUCCAAACAAACCCUUCCUAGGAUAGGUUUAGCAAUGUGGUAAUGGUUCCACCCCAGCCGUCUCAUAGGCUAGGAUCAAAUAUCAACACUUAUCCAGUGGUUUCAGGUCUACACAUUUUCCUAGGGGCAAGGGGUGACUUUUCCUAGGGGCAAGUGAACUAGGCAUAUCAGUGAGUUACAGGACAAGGAUGUGAGACAUGCUUGAAUUAAUUAGAUAAAUGGCUCCUGUCUGUUCAGUAAUUUUAAGAUAAUUCUGUUUUUUUAAUUCCACCAAGAAUCUCUCACUUGACAAACCCAAGAAGUCCAGGUCUGGCAAGAUAUGGGGUCACUCGCGUACAAUGUCAAGGGUAGAGGCCCUUGGAAUGGUACGACAGGUUUGUAACUAUACAUAUUUUUUUUUAGCUGUGGUUCUUAGAUCAAAUGUGUAGGUGAUUUAGAAAUAAUUUAGACUGACAUUUUAGUUUUGACUCAUGGAUAUUUGUUCCAGUGCUUUUCCCCAUUGAUUUGGUACUAAUGUUCACAUAUUUUUUAUACUAAAAUUCCAAAAGUUGAUUGUGUACCACUAACCAACCUGUAAAGAGUAUAAUGUGUUGGUUUUGAGUAUUAGCUAACCCAAUCACCUGAUAACUUUUUAAGCUUCUUUUUAAUCCAAAACCUUUUUGUGGGAUUACUAAAUCGGUGAGUCAACACCAGGAAACAAGGCAGACUGCCAAAGCAAGGAACAACUAGCUAGUCCUAAUUGAUCUCUUCCAUGUUGUCCAGACAGUCACACAGACAAAGGGGUAAACCAUUUUUUGCAAUGGAAAGUAAGGUCAAAUCAAAUUUAGCUUCAGAGACUGAGCAAACCAACCUUUUAUGAGUACAGACUGUGAUCAGAUUUAAUGGAAGUUGUAGCUGUGAUAUAUAUAUAUACGUUUGAGAAAUAAGACUUUGGUUAAUUCCUUGUAGGACAUACAUGCUCCUACAGUAGAAUUUAACACUAUCUUUUAAUCUUCCAUAGUAUCUAUAUUGCAUGGCUUGUACACAGUUCUUGUUCAUUUUCCUUCUACAUGCAAACAUAUUUGACAUCUCACUAAUGUGGGGAAUCAGUGACUGACAAAUAAAUCUCGGACAAAUGGAAAAUGGUUGUUCUAUUUGUUCUACUUGUUCAUUCUCCAUCGUUCCUCCAUUUUGUAGCUGUCCUCUAGUCACCUGAACAGCUCGUCCCACCUGGGUGCGUCUGUCCCCUCCCUUCCAGACUAUGUCCCCUCCAUCCCUGACUACGUCUACUCCCAGCUGUCCCCUCCCACCAACACCUCCCCUGAAGGCAAGAAGAUCCAGCAGGACAUCUGUAGCGUGUCCCAAAGAGGUCAGAGCCAAACACACAUGUGGACUCACACAUGCUUUGCCUCCAGAUGUUGUGUGCGUUCAUUACUACUAAUGCUAAAUGUGAAUUUCUUUAUUUUCCUGUCCCCGUCAGUACACACGUCCCUCAAGUCUGUGCAUGAUGCCUUGGCCCAGGAGCGUCAGAGACUACAGGACACCUACCACCAAUCAACCACACUGGCUGAGGUGAGGGUAUAUGCCUCCAUGGAGACAUGUGCAGUAGGCCUAUAUUUGUGUGUGAGUGCCUAUGAGUGCUCUUCCUCACCGAUUCUGUCUGUUUUGCUGUCUUUCUCAUGGCGUUUAUUGUUCGCCACUCUUCCUCUCUCUUUAGACUGUAUCUGGGAACGAGUCCCGUCGCACGCCAUCGGUGACAGACUCUGCAGCAGAGUAUUUUGAUGCGAGGGAUGGUGUCCUGAAUGGGAGCUUCUCUGAGUCUGAGUCUGGUCUGAGUGAAGGGACAACCAGCAACUCUGAACCUGAGGAAGGCCAUGGUGAACACACACACACACUCUGUAACCAGUUAGCAAUUAGCAGUUGUUUUUUCAAUUUAUUGAAACCUAUAUCUCUCCCCCACAGCUUCAGCCACUCGUGAGUACCGUGCCAGCAUCUCUAAGGUGCCCAACAGCGUUGUGCCCAUUAACACGGGCCGCCGUACCACCCUGGCUGCCCACUGCCCAGACAACUCCCAGGUGGGUCUGAUGCAGAUCCUCUAUAACAACAUAGGCAAGGACUUGUCUCGUGUCUCCAUGCCUGCUGCUCUCAACGAGCCCAUUAACCUGAUGCAAAGACUGUGCGAGGAGCUGGAGUACUCUGAGCUGCUGGAUACUGCCAACAACACACAGGACCCCUACCAGAGGAUGGUGAGGAUUUUUAAAUGUAUUUUCAAAUGUUGUAAAGCAAAGGAUGUAAGGCUUUAAAAUACACCUUAAAGACACUGAAUGGAAAAGUGCUCAAGUUAGCAGCAUCUGGUCACAUCACUAAACUAUGAUAAAGAGUUUCCAUUGUGUCAAAGGUAUAUGCUAGAAUACACAGAGCCUCAGGGUAACGACAGCUAUGCUAGUGAUUCACAGUAUGUUAGGUUAGAAGACUGAAGGUGUUUCUCUGGUCUUGUGCAGGUCUACAUAGGUGCCUUUGCCAUCUCUGGAUAUGCUACAGCUCACUACCGCAACCGCUACAAGCCCUUCAACCCACUCCUGGGGGAGUCCUAUGAAUGUCUGAGAGAGGACAAGGGCUUCCGCUACAUCAGUGAGCAGGUAGGAGGACUGAAUCUUCUCUAACAUUCCUCAGCAGACCAGGUCAGACUAGUUCUGUUGUAUUCAGACUAAACCAUUCUUGUCUUUCAUCAGGUCUGCCACCAUCCCCCCAUCUCUGCAUGUCAUGCAGACUCAGAUUCCUUCUCCUUCUGGCAGGGUGAGCUUUACUGAGUAUAACUGAGCAAAACCUUGAUUCUAGUCGGCUAGUGAUAAGCAAGUGUCUUGACAUUUGUUUUGAAUUAUUUCUAAACAUUUUGAAACUAUCUGAAACUUUGAUCAUUCAUAUUUUUCUCAUGAAGCACAACAUAUUUGUGUCACCUAAACAGACCAGCGGUGGAAGAAUAAGUUUUGGGGAAAGUCACUGGAGAUCAUGCCAACAGGGAUGGUGAACGUCACUCUCCCAAGGUGAGAGUCUGCUGCUGGUGGCCAUUUCUCCCUCAAGCUGUUAGAAAUGAACAUUUUUAAAUGCUCUACCUUCAAUCCCUCUUUUAGGUUUGGGGACCACUAUGAGUGGAACAAAGUGGUGACCUGCAUCCAUAAUGUCCUGAGCCAGCAACGUUACCUGGAGCACUAUGGGGAGGUCAUCAUCCGUAACCUCAACAGCAACGCGUGCACCUGUAAGAUCACCUUCGUUAAGUCCCGCUAUUGGGGGUCGGACACCAACAAGAAUGAAGUCCAGGGCACCGUGCUGGACCAGACUGGGAGUGUUAUCCACCGGUUUGGGGGGCUGUGGCAUGAGGGCAUCUUCUGUGACACCUUGCCCACUCCGCAGUGUAUCUGGAAGCCAAGUGAGUAUCACACCCACCCAAGGAAAACAGUCUGUGAAAAGUUCAAAACGGAGAAUUCUUGUAUCAAAAGCCUCCUAACCCUAAAGCAGGGGUGUCAAACGUACGGCCCGCGGGCCGGAUCAGGCCCGCAAACGGGUUUAAUCCGGCCCGCGAGAUGAUAAAAAAAAAAAAAAAAAUAUAUAUAUAUAUAUUUUUGUAAAGUAGAAAAAUGCGCUGCAAUUUUUCUAUAAAAUAAACUGCUGUUCCAAUUGCGUCCACUGGAUGGCGCAAUAGCAAUUGUGUUAAGCAAGCAAACUGUUUAUACCGGGGCAGAGCAAGUAGGUCAAGCACGUGCAGCCAAUGAGCUACUUUGUUUUGCCCGCGAUAUUUAUUACGGCUUCUACUUUUAACAUUAUGUGCUUUGGCACCCUCAUUGCCCCAAUAUGUCUCUGUCAAAAAAGAGAAAAGUGGACGCAGAGUGCAGAGUGUUCCAAGAAAAAUGGUCAUCCUAUUUAUUCACGGAAUUGAAUGGGAAAGCUGUAUGUUUGGUGUGUUCAGAGCAUGUUGCAGUGCUGAAAGAAUAUAACCUUCGUCGCCACUAUGUGAGUCUUCAUGCCGACAAAUAUAACAACUUUCAAGGACAGCGGAGAUGAGAGAAGGUGAAUGAACUGUUGGCGGGUCUGAAGAAACAGCAGUCUGUGUUUACUCACAGCCGAGACAUCAGUGACGCUGCAGUGAAAGCUAGCUACCUCAUUGCUAAUGAAAUCGCAGUGGCUUCAAAACCAUUUAGUGAGGGUGAAUUUGUAAAAACAUGCAUGAAGAAGGCAGCGGAGAUUGUGUGCCCUGAAAAGCGGCAGGCUUUUGCAAAUAUCAGCCUGACAAGAAACACAGUUGCAGACAGGAUUUCCAAUCUUUCAGUGGAUUUGGACAGCCAGUUGAAGCAAAAAGUAAAGUCAUUUAUUGCGUUUUCGGUUGCAAUUGAUGAAAGCACGGACAUUACAGAUGUUGCACAACUGGCCAUUUUCAUCCGCGGAGUUGAUGACACAUUGACCGUCACCGAGGAGUUCGUGGAGUUGGUGCCGAUGACAGAUACAACGACAGCAGCUGAUAUUUUUACCGCACUCGUCGGCGCGCUGGACAGGGUCGGAGUGGACUGGUCCCGCGCUGUCAGCCUGGCUACAGAUGGUGCGCCCUCAAUGAUCGGGAAAAAAGCAGGCGUUGUGACAAAUUUCAGAGAGAAAGUGCAAUCUGCAAAUGGAGGACGUGAUUUUUUGACUUUUCACUGUAUUUUGCACCAGGAGGCUUUGUGUUGCAAGUCAUUAAAGAUGGAUAACGUCAUGAAGGUGGUCAUCCAAACUGUUAAUUUCAUCCGAUCCAGAAGCCUGAAUCACCGCCAGUUUGACAGCCUUCUCAGAGAGAAAGACCACAUCUAUGGCCUGCCAUACCACACUGAGGUAAGAUGGUUAAGCCGAGGUGCUGUGUUGAGGCGUUUCUUUGAUUUACGAGAAGAAAUUGAACAGUUCAUGGAAGAAAAGGGCAAACCAGUGUUAGAAUUUCAUUCCGCAGAAUGCAUGCAGGACCUUGCAUUUAUCGUGGAUGUUACAGAGCACCUGAAUAACUUGAACAAACAGCUGCAAGGGCGCAACAAAGUUGUCACGCAGUAUUAUGACAGCAUACGUUCUUUCAAGUUGAAGCUGUCAUUGUGGGAGACGCAACUUGCCGGUGGUGAUGCAGCUCACUUCCCCUGUCUGAAAAAUGUGUGCGCGACCCAACAUGUGGCAGACAUGAAGCGGUUCAAAGAUAAAAUAACGGGACUGUUACGGGAGUUUGAGCAACGCUUUCAGAUUUAUGUUUGUUUUUAUGUUGAUGUGCUAUUGUUUUUAAUUGAUUUUAUUUGUAUAUUUAACCUAUUCUUGACUCUGUGGUUCUUGCACUUGUUUGGGGAACAGGAUUUCAUUAUUUUUAUCUACAUUUCUGCCUGAGAAAUGACACCCUGAUAUAGUUCUGUGAUAUACUUCUGUGAAUCACUGAGGCAUUGUGUGUUUGUGUGUUCUUUGUCCUCAGAACUUUCAAAUAACUUUAGGUGUUUUAUGAUUAAUAGUGAUGUUGUGCUUUUGGACACUAUCCUCAGGCUCCAGCUUUAUGUUUAUAUGUUUUUAUGUUGAUGUGCUAUUGUUUUUAAUUGUUUUUAUUUUAUUUGUAUAUUUAACCUAUUCUUGACUCUGUGGUUCUUGCACUUGUUUGGGGAACAGGAUUUCAUUAUUUUUAUCUACAUUUCUGCCUGAGAAAUGACACCCUGAUAUAGUUCUGUGAUCUGUGAAACAGUUCUGUUAAUCACUGAGGCAUUGUGUGUUUGUGUGUUCUUUGUCCUCAGAACUUUCAAAUAACUUGAGGUGUUUUAUGAUUAAUAGUGAUGUUGUGUUUUUGGACACUGUCCUCAGACUCCAGCUUUAUGUUUAUAUGUUUUUAUGUUGAUGUGCUAUUGUUUUUAAUUGAUUUUAUUUUAUUUGUAUAUUUAACCUAUUCUUGACUCUGUGGUUCUUGCACUUGUUUGGGGAACAGGAUUUCAUUAUUUUUAUCUACAUUUCUGCCUGAGAAAUGACACCCUGAUAUAGUUCUGUGAUCUGUGAAACAGUUAUGUUAAUCACUGAGGCAUUGUGUAUUUGUUCUUUUUCUUUAGAAUUUUCAAAUAAACUUGACGUGUUUUAUGAUUAAUAGUGAUGUUGUGCUUGUACUAUUUUGGACACACUGUCCUCAGGCUCCAGCUUUAUGUUGUAUGUUGAUCGUAUUAAAACAAAGAAAACAAUCUGAAGUUGUUGUUUUUAAGUUAUAUAUAUACCAUGAUUUUUCCGGUCCGGCCCACUUGGGAAUAGAUUUUCCUCCAUGUGGCCCCUGAGCUAAAAUGAGUUUGACACCCCUGCCCUAAAGGUUUUGUACUGGUUAGCGAUAUGCUAACUAAAGACAUUGUGGUUUGAGGCUGUAGUUACAUUGGCUGUAGCUGACCUCAGUGGUCUAUUUCAUUGUACAGAUCCCCAGCCCAAGGACUACUACCUGUACUAUGGCUUCUCCAGCUUCACACUAGAGCUGAACGAGCUCACACCAGGCCUGAAGCCUCUUCUGCCCCCCACAGACUCACGCCUUCGUCCUGACCAGAGGUGAGUGGUGCCUCCAUGGCCAUGGAUCGGGCUUGAUUAGGAAAUGGAAAACCACCAUUUUACAAAUCUUUAAAAAAAAAAAUUAAUAGGGCCAUUACUUUUAGGUGACAUGACCAGUAAAAACUUGGGGGCCUGUCUCAUAGAUAUGUGAUGGGUUCAAUGAAUUGGUGUGUUUUUAAUGAGGUUUUUAUUUUAUUUAGGAUGCUGGAGGAUGGGAGGGUGGAUGACUGUGACAAGUUUAAAGAAGAAGUGGAGGACAUGCAGAGGGAGCGGAGGAAACAACUGGCUAAGAAAGGACAGGAGCACAUGCCACGCUUUUUUAAGUAAGUCCUUUUAGUUUUCAGUGAUACUUUUGUGUCAUCUUAUAUCAUCUAGGAUAAUACCCCAAAAUACAAUGUUUGUUUGUAGUCCGAAAUGUACCCAAACUUCAAUUGUGAUAUACAGUAAGAUCAUAUAGGACUCCACUGGUUUAAUACUAGGUAUGCUUUCUGUAAUUUCAUCAUUUUCCAUCAUUAGGAAAGCCAUGGAUUCCUCUGGGAGGGAUGUGUGGCUGACCAAUGGAACCUAUUGGAAAGUCAGAGAGAACCCGGGCUUUGCUAACACAAACAACCUGGAACUA